UUGCUGACCUUCGUGAAGGGAGUACCGGCCCCAUCACGGUUAUGGUUUGCCGAAAGUGGGAUGUCACAAGUGUCAAUGGACGCUACAUGAGCACCGAUUAUGUCGUCAGUGAUAAAAAGGGAGGUGUGAUGCAUUGUACCGCAAGAAAUAACAUUGCGCACUACUUCUUUGACAAACUCAAAGAGGGCGGGAUAUAUUUACUCAAGGGUUUUACGGUACAGAACACCGAUCAAUACCGGAUUCUGAAAGACAGCCCCUUUGUUAUUGGGUUAAAUGGUUCCACGAUUGUGAAGAAGGUUGACGAUGCCAGUGGUUCCUUUACGCGCUACCCGUUCUUACUUACGGCGUUUGAGGACCUCCAACCAACUGAGGGCAAGUUUUUUGUAGAUGUUGUAGGAUAUGUUACUGAGGUGGGGCCGCAGUCUGUGAAAGCAUCGGGUGCUCGCACGGUCGAGUUCAACCUAACAAAUGAACGCAAGCGCGGAGUUAGAGUGACGUUGUGGGGUCAGCUGGGUGAUGCUAUGCUCAAGAAGAAAGAACAAAACCCCGCUGUCUAUUCUAUAAUCUUGACUUCCAUGAGCGCAAAGUUUCACUUAGGCGCUCUUGGUUUGUCUAGCUCAUCGUCAACUAUGAUCAUUGAUUCGCCCGAGGUACCCGCCCUCCAAACUUUCAAGACAUCCAUUAGGUACUGGUACAACCUUGGUCACAUACACUUUAAUUAUCUGUUUUUUAUACGUUUGUCGCUCUGGCUGAAUAUCCAACUAUGA